CGGCACACUCAGCGCAGCUCACCCACAGCAGCAGCAGUUCACAGCAUGGCCUGCAAGCUCAUCGUCUUCGUCGCCGCCCUGGCGGUAGCCCGCGCCGGCUACCUGGGAGCUCCCGCCGUCUACGCCCCAGGCGCACCUCUGGCAGCGCGUGCGUACGCCGCCCCUGCCUACGCCGCUCCUGCCUACGCCGCCGCCCCCGCCUACGCCGCCUACGCUGCCCCCGCCCUCCGUGCCGCUCCCGUGGCCGUCGCCGCCCCCGCCAUCGCUAGAGUCGCCGCCCCCGUCGCCGUCGCCGCCUCGGCCUUGAGGGCCGCCCCCGUUGCCGUCGCCGCUGCCGCCCCCGCCGCCGUCGCUGCCGAGUACGACCCCCACCCCCAGUACAGCUACGGAUACAGCGUGCAGGACGCCCUCACCGGUGACUCCAAGAGCCAGCACGAGACUCGUGACGGCGACGUCGUCCAGGGCAGCUACAGCGUGGCCGAGCCCGACGGUUCCAUCCGCACCGUCGACUACACUGCCGACCCCGUGAACGGCUUCAACGCCGUCGUGCACAAGGAAGCCGGUGCUCACCCCGUCGCCCCCGCCCCCGUGGCCGUCGCCGCCCCCGCUCCCGUGGCCGUCGCCGCCCCCGCCGUUGCCCGCGUCGCCGCCCCCGUAGCCUACGCCGCCCCCAUCGCUAGGGCUGCCUACGCCGCCCCCAUUGCCAGGGCUGCUUACGCCGCCCCCAUCGCCAGGGCCGCCUACGCCGCCCCCGCUCUGGCCUACGGAGCCGGUCUGGGCUACGGCUACGCCGCCCCCAUCGCUAGGGCCGCUUACGCUGCCCCCACCCUCGCCUACGGCAAGGCCCUCAUCCACUAAGUCACUUCCUCUCAUCUAACAGACUCCGCUCGUCAUGCUGUCACUGCCGCUCUACAAACACGAUUCAACAUUACAAAUGCUGCACUCUGUAUAUAAAAUGCAACAAUAAAUCCAUUUCACUACAUAA